AUGGUGAAGGAAAUCUAUGCUUCUACAUCAUGUACAUCAGUAACUCCUAUACCCUCCCAGUUCAAGAGAGAAAACCCAACAACAAUGAAAGAAAAGAUAGCAUUUCUUGCUGAAAGACAGAACUUAUUGGCUGAGAGGCAAAAUGAGUUGCACAGUAGUGUGAAAUCUGGAAUAAUGUUGCUGGAGUGUGUCUUGAUGAAUAUUGGGAAUGUCAAGUCUGAAAUUCUGAAUGAAGAAUACAUCAUAGAAGUGCAACAGCAAUUGGAAGCCCUGCCAAUUCAAAAACCUGCAGAAAAUUCAGUGAAGGAAGAACUGAAAAAGAAUGUUAGAGAAGAGGAAAAGCAGAAGCUAGAGCUGAAACAGCUUCCCUCUCACCUGCAAUAUGCAUUUGUGGAUGAGAACCAUGAGAAUCUAGUCAUCAUCAACAAUGAGCUCAAGAAAGAACAAGAGGAAAAGCUGCUCUCCCAUCCCUCCAAGUACAAGAAGAAGAAGCCUAUGAUGAUGAAGGAUACCCUAAAGCAACUAGCUAAAGGGAAAAAUCAAUUGGCUGAAAGGCAGAAUGAGCUCCACAAUAGCAUAAAAGCUGGAGUCAUGCUGAUGGAGUGCAUAAUGCUCAACAUUGGGCAGAAAAUGGGGAUGACAAAAGAGGAAAUGUACCAUACCCCUGAUGUAGCAGAAAAUGCCCAAUGUCUCCACUCCUCUGUGUUCAAGAAUAUGCCCAUCUACAGAACCUAUUUUCCUCAGCCAACAUUUGAAGAAGUAGUGGAAGAAGAAGAAGAAGAAGAGGAGGGUUCUGAAGAAGAAAGUUCAGGAGAUGAAGAUAGUGCAGAAGAAUAG